AUGUCAUUGUAUUUAGUGGAAAAAUUACGAAAACAUUAUGAUAUUGUUUGUCGAAAUGAUCAAGAAUGUCUUCAAUUACGAAAUCAAAUUCUUGAAUUAUUUCGUUCCUCACGUAAAUAUAGAAAUGAUGAAUUUCAAUCAAUAAAUAUACUAGUGAAUCGAAUUCUUAAACGUUUAUCGAUUGCUGCUGUGAUCGCUGUCUGGAUCAUUUCUUGUCAAUCAGUACUUAAAUAUUGGGCUUCAUGUUUGCCCAAUUAUAAAGAUGACAAUUAUGUUUUAGAUUAUUUACUUCAAUGUUGGUUCCGAUUUCAGCAUUCAAUAAAUUCAUUCUAUGCUAUGACUAUUUCUAUACAACGAUUUGCCUAUCAAUUGGUGAAACACCAGACCAUCAAUCUAUUGAUAUCAAUAAAUGAAUCCAAAAAGUUAAUUAAUGAGAAUAUUAAAGUUGAUGAUCGAUUCGAUUUGAUUGGUUAUUUACGUUUUGUUAAAUCUGUCAUUAAUGAAGAACUUGCUUUGGCCAGACAUUAUUCAUUCAGUAUAGAUUUGAUUAGGAUGGAAGCAAAAUUAUUGUAUUCUGAAUUGAUUGGUCAAUAUCAGGAUGUCAUUUGUGAUUUUGACCAAUUUUAUGAAUGGAUUGAAUCAAAACGUUGGUCCGAUCUUCAAAAUCUUUUCAAUAUGAUCAGAUUUAAUGAAAACAUAUUGCAAAAGUUGGCGAAAAAUUUUGGCGAAUAUGUUCGACUGAAAUCAACAACAUUCAUCAAAUUGAUUGAUUGGAAAUCGAAUCAAUAUAAUUGGAAAUCGACGUUUGAAUUUGUCCAUGAUUGUCAUGAAUUAUUUCGAUAUUGCCACGAAAUUGUUGAAAAAGUUUUCCAGAACGAUUCAACUAUUUUUAGAUCAUUGAAUACUGCCUAUCUAUUUUAUCUGAAUUCAAACAACGCAUUCACAUGCAUCAUAUCUUUGUUGAUACAUUUUGUUUCAAUCAUCAAUCUGGACGAUCCAAAUUUUCCUAUAAAUGUAGAUCGACAAACAUUAAUUAAAUCUGCGUUUGAUCUAUUGAUGUUUAUUGAAGAUAAAUCGGCCAUUAUUCACUAUAAUCGUCGUUUUCUAUGUCAACGUAUUUUAUUUGGCCUGAGCAUUGAUUCGGUGGUACAGGACAUCAAUCGAAUAGCUAAUUUAUUUGAUAUUAUCAUCAAUCCAUAUAGUCCUUCAAGUUGUAAUGUUCGAAUUUUAUUGAAAGAUUAUCUCAGAUCUCAUCAGUCCAUAGCGGAUAAAAUGGAAGUGUUUUUAUUGAAUGCAUCACUUUGGCAUCUGGAUCGAUUUCCAUCGGAACAAAUGUUUAAGAUUCCUAUAGAAUUCAUAACGAUCUAUGAAACAUUUAAAAAUCAAUUUCAGCAAAAUAAUUCAAAAAAAUUGCUCAUGCUCAAUCCAAUUUAUUGUUCUGCAUUGGUUCAUUAUAGUAAUUUGGAAAAUCGUCAAUUUCAUUUUAUAGUUACACUCAAACAAUUGUCAAUAUUAUUAGUUUUCAAUGAAUUUGAUAUAUGCAAUUAUGAACAAUUGGAAAAAACAACUGAACUUGAAUCAGAUCAAUUGAAAACCACAUUGAAUGUAUUCAUCAAAUAUAAGCUAUUACUAGUUGCUAAUACGAACGAUCAAGAUGAAAGUAAAGAUUUGUCUCGACAAAUUUUCAUAUUCAAUGAUCAAUUCAAAGGCAUCGAAAUCAUGACAUCAUCCAUAACGACAAAAUUUUCCGAACAAAAUACCAAUUUUAUAGAUUGGAUCAAAUUAGAACAAUUAUCACUUGGUUAUGAUAUACAGAAAAUUGUAGCCAUCUAUGAGACUGUUUCUAAUGCAUCGAAUUCAACAAAACAAUUCGAUGGAGGCAAUCGAAUCAUGGACAAAUAUUUGGUCAUCGAAGCAGCCAUUGUACGAACAUUGAAAUGGUUGGUUUGCGUUGCUAACCUCGAAACAUUGCAACAAAAUAUUCGACAAAAAUUGCCAUAUACACCUUAUGAGCCAAUCAUAUCGGAUACGGAUGAAUUCCGUAACAUUAUCAAUUCAUUACAGCAACGUGGCUAUCUUCAUUGUAUGGAAGAUGGCCGAAUUGUUUAUGAGCCAUAAAUAAAUGAAAAUAUAUUUGCUUUUUGAUUUAA